AUGGAAUCCUGGACGGACCAAGAGCCGGCGCGAAAACGGAUGAGAAAGGGGACUAGAAGUUGCACAGAGUGUCGGCGGCGCAAGAUUCGAUGCACAUUCCACCCCGACCGCCCAGAAGUCUGUAAUGAGUGUCGGUCCAGAGGCAUGAAAUGUGUUGAUCAAGAACAUGCGGUCAUUACCCCUCCAUCAUCCGGCUACCACCGGAACUCCCAAAUUGGUGAACAACCAUACAGUCUUCGCGAGCGAGUCGCGCACCUGGAGACUCUUGUAGAAGGCCUGACCAAGCGCCUAGAUCAACGGGACUCUAGCACUCCGCCUUCGGACGAUAUAAGAGCCCAUUCAAGGUCACUAGCUACCGAGCCAGACGAACUAGGCCCAUCCAGUGGCCAGAUUUGCAAUGCACCGAUACUCCAACUGUUUGACAACUACUUCGUGAGCCGCCAAGAGGACUCGUCGAACAAUGAUAAAUUCGCUGGUGUUCAAGACAUGUCGCCAAAGGCCGAAGCAGUGCGUGCAGAACUCCUGUCUCUCCUUCCUCCCGCAGAGGAUAUGGAUAAGAUAAUCAACGCGUCCCUCCAUUGGUUCGUGUGGCAAGACCAUCUCCCAGAGGUGUUCGAUCGACAUGGCGACAGACUCGUUUUUAAUGACAAUUGUUGCGAUAAUCUAGUGGCUCCCGCCGAAGUCGCUAAGGCACUCCUGUGUCUAUGUAUUAGUGCAAGUCAUGCCCCGUCUGAAUUUGACUUUGGUGCUUUAACCGUUCCCUUGGAACCUCAAAAGUUCGCUGAUCGAUGCAUUGAGAUGGUGGACCGGUUAAUCGUCCGCGAUGACAACUUCGCGGCUACCUUGCCCGGUAUAGAAUGUCAGAUGUUGCUCCACAGGAUUCACUUGACUGAUGGCCGGCUCCGGAAAGCUUGGCUGGUGAUGCGUCGGGCGAUCGAGUUUGCCCAUUUAGCUGGAAUGCACCUGUCCACCAAGGUUCCAAGGCCAGGCGACUCUUUUUAUGAAAGGCGCUUGAAAAUCUGGUGUUCCCUGGCAACAUCGGAUCGAUUCCUGAGUUUGAUUCUUGGCCUGCCUUAUGGUAUCAGCGAUCAAUUCUUUUUACCACAGACGCAGCAACGUCUCAAUUCAACCUUAUCUGCCCCCGAACAAUAUCUGCUACGCAUUGGCAUCAUCACGGGGCAUAUGGUUGACCGAAACCAAGACUCUUCUAAGAUGACCCUCGCAGCAACAUUAAAAUUGGACCAAGAGCUGCAGGAUUCUUGGGAAUCUAUGCCAAGUCACUUCCAAGCCGCAGAGCCUUGUCAGGGCGAGCAACGGGAACAUUAUAUGGAGAGGAUCCCGUUGCAGUUCAUGUUCAAGCUAUUGCGUGCUUUUCUCCAUCUACCCCUGAUGCUGCAAUCUCCCCAUGAGUCUCAGUUCCGUCCCUGCCACACGACCGCCAUUCAAUCGGCAAGAGAAGGACUCGUGCUAUACAACGUCCUUCGAUCCAACAUCAAGCCCUAUUUGUGCAAAAUGAUCGACUUUAUGGCCUUCACGCUAUGUCUUCUUUUGAUAAUUCACCUGCAAGGCUAUUCCGAUGAGAUCCCAGAUCAAAAUAAAGAGCAAGACGAAAAAGACUGGGAUAUGGUAAAGAAGGUUGUUGGGAUCCUUCGCCAGGCGGCAACAGAACUAGGAGGCUCAGUUGCUGCCGAGUCUGCGAACAUCCUUGGCGCCAUCCAUGACACCAAGAAUUUCGAGCGCGAUUGGAGCAGCAUCUCGAGUUGCAAAAUUACAGUGCCCUAUUUUGGUACUAUUACGGUCGGUGCAGGAGCGAAGUUCUCUACGGGUCCCCCCAAAAGCAAGGAGCAGACAUCGGUAGUAUUAGGCACAAUGGGGACGGAGGCUCCUUGCCCGGGACAAUGUCCUGGUGAGCUCUAUACGCCGCCAAUGUCUGACCCUGAAGGUGCACCAACUGCAAACACUGAUGUCUUGAACGGUGCUCCCCUCACACCCACGAUGGCGUCUGGAUAUCCAGACGAGUCAUGGGUUUCGAGGAGUGAAACAGUGACAAACCCAUAUGUUGGCCUGGAGCUCAACGCGUUUAGUGGACUGUUCGAUGAUUUUGGGCAGUAUAUGUGGCCAAAUCAUAGUGUUGACCUCGGACUUGAUCAGGGCUGGAAUCUGAACUGGUCAGAUGGUGUGCCCCCACCAUGA